AAGUGCGCGAACCUCAGCACAGCUCAGAAGCUCAGCAGCCCCAAGCCCUCAACCCGGACAAGGAGUCGAAAGGAGUCGGCCUCCCACCUAUCAUAGCCCGCAGAUUCAAUUCAAAUUGGGACACAGAGGACGCGUAGUCCUGUUGUUGCCAGUAAAGUGCUUUCCAUUAGACCAGUUCCUACCUGAAACAUGAGUUUGUCAAUCUCAUUGCGAAAGCUGGAAGGCAAUAGCCAGAUGCUGAUGAUGCUAAUGCUGGUCCUGAGCCCGCUGAUCCUGGGUCAGGUGAUGGCGGUGCCAGCCUCUGUGCUGGCCAGGAACACGGAACUCUCCACCAAUGCCAACAACAAGCUCCAACUCCAGCAGCUGGAACAGCAGCAGCAGGAACAGCAACAGCCGGCAGCAGCGAAACGGUCAGAGGAUACCUCAGCCAAGGCCAUGGUGCCAACGGCCAACAAAAAGUCAAGUCCGGAAAUUGUGCCAUCUUCGUUCAGCAAUUCGCCGCCAGCUAGGAGCUCCAACAAAAUCCUCAGCAACCAGCAGCAGCAGCAGCAGCAGCUGGAGAAGGGUCCAUCCGGCAUCUAUGCAUUGCCCAGCAAUGAUGAGAUCCUGGCCGCUGUUGCCGCAGCCGCCCAAAACAGCCAGCAGCAGGUGCAGGAGGAACCCACCGCAUUGGAGGAGGCGGUGGCCAGCUCCACGAUGCGCAAGCGGGGCAUCAACUACGAUUAUAAUCCGUACAUGGCCCCCAAUGACUAUGGCAGCGAUGUGCCCAACGGUGUGUGGGCGGAUGAGUACGACACAGCAGUGCCCGUCAGCUAUGGCGAAAGGGAUCUGCAGGAUCUCGAUGACUAUGUCCCAGAUCGACGAGUGGGCGGAUCGAUUGGCCGGAACAAGGCCUAUGACAAUCUCCAGAAUCUGCUGAAUGCCGAGGCCUAUCUGGAGAGCAUUCCCCUGUCCGUUCCACUGACCUAUGCCAAUCGCAACUACAAUCUGGAUGACAGGAACAAGCGUGGUGGCCUCUUUUACAACAUGGGCAGCACUGGCGGUAGCAUGCAGGGCAGCACUGGCACUGGCAGCGGUCUCAGCAACGACAACAUAAACCUGAGCAAAUAUCGUCGUUUCAAUGAUAUGCGACUUAAACGAGACACCACCAAACUGAAUCCCGCUGAUAUGUUAGCUCUGGUGGCCCUAGUCGAGGCCGGAGAACGUGCGCGCAAGGAGAGCGAUGUGGAGAGCGCUGGACCAGUGCCAAUGAUUGCCUCCGAUGAUAUGGACUAUGUGCCAGCAGGCACAUGGCUCGAUGCCCCUGUACAGCAACAACAGCCCGGCAUGAUGGACUACUACAUGCCCCUGGAGAACCAGAACCAAGCGAUGCCCCAGUACGAGUAUGUGCCACGCCAACACAAGUACAGCGGAGUCAACAGCCGAUUUGGUUCAUCUAAGCAGCGGUACAUGGUGUCCAAGAAGAAGCGAUCUAUUAGCCAAAGCCAAUUCAUGAAUGAACCGGUGGCCGAGCGCGGCUCCAGCUACAAUGGCGAGAAGUACUUCUAGAGAGUGGGAGAACGGAUGCAUCGAUAGACUAUAGUGGUACAUAUUUCCCUUUGAACAUUUAUAGAAAAUAUUGAAAACCAACAAACAACAAAAUAUCCAAAACUCAAUUAGUAAUGAGAUAGAGCCAAGGUCAACCUCGUGUGCAAUUUCUUUGUAGAAUUUCAAUUUUAAACCAACUAACAAUUAAACUAUUGACACGAAUACGGUGUGUGUCGACAAAACAUAA